AGCAAGCAACCUUUCCCGUUACUGGAGCGGAGAUCAUCCCUCUCAAUCUCACCUAUGGAAAUGCAACAAUGACUCAUUAUGAUUUACCUUUGGAUUAUGUUGCCUCUUGUGGUUGCGUUGGAAGGUCAACUUAUUAUCCUACAGUAGCCAUCAAUGCACUUUCGUUCGGAUCAGAUAUCGCUUAUGGGCCUUCAUGUGGUGAAUGCUAUAGGCUCACUCUACUCUCUACACCCAACUCACCUUUGCCGCCGGACGGUGAUGGAAAGCAAUUCAUGCUAGGCGAUCCAAAUGCACCUUCAGUCAUUGUCAAAGUUGUUGAUUCUUGUCCAAAAGGCGGGCCUUGGUGUUCACAAGAAUACAAUACAGAAACAAAGACGAUCAAGCCAAACAUGCUGGGAAGCGUGAUUCAUUUUGAUCUGGCUUGGCCUUCUAGAGCAAUCCCAAAGGGCUUUUAUCCGCUGGAUUCAAUUCAUAACGAUUAUGGUGUUUGGUGGGUUGUAUAUGAAAUGGUGGACUGUAAGCAUUGGAAUGGAUAUCAAGACCCUGCAGCGUGGGGAAGCGAUUGGCCUCAACAAGAUGCCGCUUGCUGUCCAACGAGACCAUUUGUCGAGCAAGGAGAUGCGCAAAUGCAACUUUGCCCCUCGUAUAAAGAUGUCCAUCAACAAUCGAAAGACGCAAUAGCCCCAACCUUGACAGUGCCAAACACGAGCAACAUCUUGUCACGUCGAAGAGACCAAACAAAUUCAGCCAUAUCC